UUGUGAACUAUAUCGGCUUGCCUAAUAUAAUCACAAAUGACACAGGAGGUAAAGGAAAUGAAGUAGAUUAUAGCAUUAUUUGAACAUCCUAGUUCAUUUUGUUGUAGUUAGAAUUUGAUUAGAAAAAAAAAGAAAAGCAUUGAACUUGGCUCUAUGUACCCACCAAGUCUUAGUUUUUUUUUUCCCCUGAUAUGUGGUUUUGUCUCUCAACAGAAUCAAUUAGGUCUUUUCAACAGAUUCUGAAGAUUGGUUUUGUCUCUCAGCUCAUCCAAAAUCUGCAGCAUCCGACUGAGACCCAGAACCAAGUCAGUUUACACGCAUGGGGUAUUCUGAAGAACAGAUGAACCGAGCUAUCAGUGAAGUUUUAGAGACUUCCCAUAACAAGGAAAUCUCUUCACUAUGGCCAUCAGUUCUUUGUCUUCUUCGAGAAGAUGAGGUUUAUGGUUUUCAUAUGAAGUCUCAAAGCAUAAGGGGAAUUCUUCGGGCAACACCAUCCACUCAUACUCUUGUGAAUGGUGAUAGAGAUUGUGUAGAGAGUGAGAGUAGACUGGCCAACACUUCUAGGGAUGGAGGUCCUACACCAAGAAUUAAUUCUGACAAGGUUGCAUCAAAGUCAUUUACGAUGGGAGCUCCUUCAUCUCCUCAAUUUCAUGCAGCUGCGUUGUUAUUUGGACCACACACACCAAGGGAGUAUGUGCAGGGCUCGCAAGCCGAAUGGCUGCAUAUGCAGGUUGGUGGUAGCUUUGAAAGAACAACAUAAACUCGGAAUAUAAACUCUUCAAGUCCCAAUUGGUUCGGAAUGUGCUUAAUUAGUUAUGCAUCUGGUGUAAUAGAAAUCUAUUUUUUGAAUGUACUAAUGUAGUGUGAUCCUGGUAUUAUAUCAUAUUAGCUGUUACAAGAUGGCUUCUAGUGGAUUCUCUACUAAGCUCACUCAACAGCAAAAGUAAAGGUUGUUGAUGUGAAAGUAAAGGUUGUUGUUGAUGCAACUUCUGCUGGCAUCUUCAUUGUCAUCAUAAAGUGUGUUCUUCAAGACUUGGUUGGUUUCAACAUUUUACUAAAUUUUGUUAGAAAACUAGUUCUGUUGAUGUAAUGACUUUGUUGGAUAUAUGGAUAAAUGUAUCGGAUUUUAACAUAAAUGAAUGUGUUUUGGAUGUGAUGUCAUUUUGAAUGUC